GUGUGUGUGUGUGUGUGUGUGUGUGAGUGUGUGAGCGGAGGAAGAUGCUGCCGCUGCAGCUGCUGAGGGUGUCGGUCCAUGAGCGGAUCAGCGCCGCUGCUGCAGACUUUCUGCUGCUGCUGGAAAAAGGCAGAGAAGCGGCUGAGAUCCCGGAGCUGAGAGCGCUGCUCACCGAGCGGCUGACGGCGGCCGCGGAGGAGAUUGUCGGCCUGUUGGAGAAAACCGUGGCGGAGUACGAAGACAAAGCUGAGCGGGCAGAGCAAGAGAUGUGCCGCCAGAGGAAGCUGCUCAACAUCCUGCUGAAGCCCCAAGUCAGGCUGCACAGAGCAGUUUUACCUCCAGACGUCCAGCAGCUGCUGGUGUGUAAAGAAGAGGUUCCCCCUGAGCAGCAGGAGCAGACCCCCAGUCUGGACCAGGAGGAGCCAGAGCCCCCGCCCAUUAAAGAGGAACAGGAGGAGCUCUGGACCAAUCAGGAGGCAGAUCUCACCACGUUCCCUGUGAAGAGCGAGGAUGAUGAAGAUGAGCAGCUGGUCUCCUCACGCUCCUCUGAGCCCGGGACCGACGACAGCGACGACUGGGAGCAGAGCCGGGAGCCUCGGCCCGGCUCACCGGCGCUGAAAACCAGCAGAAGGCGUCGUCGCUCAGAGACUCAGUGCAGCUGCUCGGUUUGUGGUAAAAUAUUUCUGCGUAGGAGAAACCUGCAGGUCCACAUGGCGAUCCACACGGGAGAGAAACCACACGGCUGCUCCGUCUGCGGCAAAAGGUUCAGACGCAGAGGAAGUGUGCGCCGACACAUGAGGAGCCACACCAAGGAGAAACCGUACAGCUGCUCCGUCUGCGGCAAGAGGUUCAGUGAAACGGGCCACGUGAAGAAACACAUGCGAACUCACACCAAAGAGAAACCGUUCAGCUGCUCGCUGUGCGGCCGCAGGUUCAGCCAGAGCGGCGCCGUGGUCACGCACAUGAUGAGCCACACGGGGCAGAGGCCCUUCAGCUGCUCCGUGUGCGGCAAAAGCUUCAGCCACAACUCUCUGUUCAAGAGGCACAUGACGGUCCACACCGGGGCGAGGCCGUUCCGCUGCUCCAUCUGCGGCAAAAGUUACAGCCACAACUCGGUGCUGAAGAGACACGUCAUGAUCCACACGGGCGAGAAGCCGUUCGGCUGCUCGGUCUGCGGCAAAACCUUCAUCUGCAAAUCAGAUGCCAAGAGACACAAGGCCACCCACACCAGGGAGAGGCCGUUCGGCUGCUCGGCGUGCGGGAAGCACUUCAGCAGCAAAGGCAGUCUGAAGAGACACAUGACGGUUCACACAGGAGAGAAACCAUUUGGCUGCGCCGUGUGUGGGCGGAGCUUCAGCAAGCGCACGUACGUCGACAACCACAAGUGUGUCAGUGACAGGAAUGGACCUGAGUGACGAUAACACACACACACACACACACACACACACACACACGUCUUAUGGAACAAUCAACAUGUUGUAAACAAUAAUAAAGCUCUGGUAUUUACGAGCAGUUUGAUUGACGUGUUUUAUCUUUUUGCUAUAAUAUGUUGGAUUCAUGUUAAACUGUAUUUAAAGACUUUUACAUUUGUGGGUGAAAAAAAUCCAGGUAAAAUAUUUUUUAAAAAUAUAUUAAAAAUUGUCUAAUAAGCCAAAAAUUUCACGACCCUCCUGCAGUACCGCCGCGGACCCCCAGGAGGUCGCGGACCCCCUGUUGAAGACCUCUGUUCUAGAGGAAUGUUCUUGUGAUAAUGCUCUUAUCAGAACUGUUCUCGUCCCAGCUCCUUCCUUUGUUGGAGGUGGUGAUUCCUGAUAGAUGA